GGCUCGCGGGGCCCCGCACGGUGCCCAGCACCCCUCCCGGGCUCUCAGCGGCGCGGCAGCCCGCGGGGCGGGCGGGGGUCUCCGGCCUGAGAACGGCCACGGAGGAGCCGCGCUUGGGCUCCGCGGUGCCGGCGGGGGAGCGGCGGAGCGGCUCCGGGAAUUGGCGAGCGGCUGCGGAAGGGCGGGCGAGGCGCCGCACCUGCCGGGAGGUGUCGGUCACCCGCCGCGGCUCUGCCCCUACGCCUAAAGCGGGAAUUAGAGGGCUUUUCUUACUAGAGAAAGAAAGAAUAGACAUUGUCGUCUAAAUUCGCUCUAACAGCUGGUUUUCAUGCCGUAGCAUCUCGAGAGAGUCGUAACUUUGAAUCUCCACUGAUGCAUGAAGUCCCAGAGCGCCAAGGCAGCAGCACAGACAGUUCUGCAAGCAGUUUUGGAAGCUCCGUCACAGCAUGUAAGAAGAUUCUCUGCAGUAACAGUCUGCUAGAAUCAACAGACUACUGGCUGCAGAAUCAGAGGACACCAUGCCAAAUUGGCUUUCUAGAAGACAAGUCAGAAAGCAACUGUGCCUCAGUUUGUUUUGUGAAUUUAGAUGCCAACAGAGAUGAUUGCAGUGAUGAGCAAGUGAAACAGAAAUUGAUCAGCGUCUCACCCAGUCUCCCCAAACUGAUCAGUUCGAUGAACGUACAGCCUCCGAAGGAAAAUGAAAUAGUACUGCUGAGUGGAUUGACAUCAGGAAACCUUCAGGCCGGUUAUGAGGUUCCCCAGUGUCCUUGGCUGGCAGAUGUCUGCUUGGUUCAGUGUGCGAGGGGGGACAGGAGGAACAGCGCAAGCUGCAUUAUUUUUGAAAUAAACAAGUUUCUGAUUGGACUUGAGCUCGUUCAGGAGAGGCAGCUGCAGAUAGAAACUCGUGUCCUAAAGCCUGAGGAUGACACAAACUGCUCCGUGUCCUCAAUAGAAGAAGAUUUCCUCACGGCCUCUGAGCACCUCGAGGAUGACAACGAGGCUGAUGAAUAUAAAGCUGGUCAUGAAAAAUUAAAUGCUUCAGAAGCGUCUUCAGAUGUCAAAAAAAAUAAAGGAAAGGGAUUUGAAAACAUUCACUAUAGAAAAGCCAGGUUGCCGUCCAUUCUUGAAGGGAGCUGCAUUAAUAAAGAUAAUGCAGCUGCUCAGGUUUCUGAAACUGUGAAUGCUGGGGCUGAACAUGGCAUCUCACAGCCUGAAGAUAAGUCAGACCAGGAAAUACUGUGGCAGAAGGAAUUAGCUGAAAAAGAUACUUCAUCAUUUAGUACUACUAAUUUGACUAGUGGAGCUGAAAACUCGGCACUCAUGUUAGAAGAUGUAUCUGUAACCAAAAUGGCUAAAGAGGAGCUGGAGCCUCGGGAUGACCCCACAACGAAACACAGCAGCAAGACAGAUGGGGAAGAUUGUGCAGGUGUCAGGAAAACUGAUCCCCCCUUCCAGAAUGAGCAGGCGACCACAGGUCAGUACGCCACAAAUUUAGCAGAAUCUGUUCUGCAGGAUGCAUUCAUUAGACUGUCACAGUCUCGACCCAGUUUCAGUGAGGAGGCUGCAGUCAGCAUCUCUGCAGGAAGCUCCUGUAAGUCAGAAGAUGUAUCUGCUUCCCGAUCAUGGAACGAACUCCCAAAGAUCAUCAUAGUGCAGAGUCCGGACAGUUCUGAGCACGUACCGGACUGGCCAGGCUCUGCCUUCCCCAGCCCCAGCCCCUGGGCUGAGGCAGAAAGCUCUGCUGAAGUCUCAGAUUACUUUGAGGAAGAACAUUCAAACGGACAUGACCAAAGUGCACUGGAAGUGGCUCUGGCUUGUGCAGCCACUGUCAUUGGAACCAUUUCCAGUCCCCAGGCUGUGGAAAAAUUCCGCUGGGAGCAGGAAGUGGCAGACUCGAGUGGAGUGGUUGCUAAUGAAGAGGUGCAAGCAGCACCCUCACAGCUCCUUGACGACUGUGCUGGCACAGAAUACUCGUUCCCAUCUGCGCUCUGUGGCAUGACUCAAGUGGCAAGUGCUGUAGCCAUCUGUGGCCUGGGGGAAACAAAGGAGGAGAAAUACCCUGCAGCUUCCAGUGGACUUCUGUCUGCUGCUCAGGCCUCUGCAGCCAUUACUCUGCAUUGCAGCUUAGCUGUAGGAAGCAGCAUGGAGAAGCUGAACGAGAGCAUUGCAGAGGCGCUUCUGAAAGAGGCAUCCCUCAUUCUGACAAAACCUAACACAUACAAAAAUGUAGGGCAUUUUAUGGAAUCCAUAAAUGGGAAAAUUAUUGAAACAGCAGCAAGACCACAUAUUCCACGUGCUGAUGGAGUAAUCAGGGAUGAACUUGCACAAAACUUAUCCAAUAUUAUUCUACGACAUUCUAUAGAAGAAGUUAGGAAGAAGAGACAGCUACAAGCCCAUUCGGAGGAUGGCUUAAGUACACAAGACUUUUUCACAGAGACUGCAAACGAGUUGCUUUUUAAUAUAAUAUAUUUCACUUGCAAGAAGAUUAACGACAUAAGGCAACUCGAAGAGUGUUCUCCUCUCUUUUCUGAAAGCGCAAAAGCAGAGAAAGUAACAAGAGCAGAAGGAUGGCCAACCCUGGCAACAGCGUGUGAAACUUCACACAGCCCCCUUGAUCACUCUGUUGCUAAGCCAUUUGGUACAUCCUACAGCACCAGUACUAGUAAAGAUCUUGAAAAGGUCACAAGCACUUGCAAGAGUGAUAUCAAAGAUGUAAAUAGCAAUGAAGGUUCCACACUGAAUUCAGAACCAAGUGUAGAUACAGGGCAUAACACACUUGGUGCAAAAACAUCACCCAAGAAGAGAUACCUGAAAAGAGCUGCACGAGAUUGUUACAAAUCCCCAAAUCAGAGUAACAAUCAUCAUCAGAAGAAAGACUACAGAUCAUUUUCAGACAGAGAAAAUACCUUUGCAAACAGUGAAUGCAGGCACGGUGUUCAAGAACAGCUGUCUUCCAGUGCCACCAUAAAUACAGAAAACCAAGCCAAGAUUAAGUGUGAUUCUGUGCUAAAUAAUGAUGUCCAACUUAGCUUGUCUUUGUUAGGAAACCAUGUGUUGCUUCCUUCUCAGCCUGUGCUACAGGUGAAAAAUUCAAGGGACAAAUAUUGUAUAACAGACUUUGCGGAAGAAUUGGCAGAAACAGUUGUCUCUAUGGCAACAGAAAUAGCUGCCAUUUGUCUAGAAAAUUCAAAUGGCAAGCAACCCUGGUUCUGUGCAUGGAAGAGAGGCAGUGAAUAUCUGAUGACCCAGAGUUUAUCAUGCAGAACCAUGAAAAGGAAGAAGGAAACCCAUACCAAUGGUUCUGUGGUUCGGAAGCACAGGGCACCUCGGCUUAGUGAGAUCAAAAGAAAAACAGAUGAGCAUCCUGAGCUAAAGGAAAAAUUGAUGAAUCGAGUAGUAGAUGAAUCUAUAAACCUUGAGGACACACCAGAUUCAGUCAAUCUCUUUGCAAAUGAAGUGGCUGCCAAGAUCAUGAACCUCACUGAACUCUCCAUGGUUGAUAGCAUCUGGCAAGGUCCAAACCACCCCAGGAACAGACUGCACUGUGAAAGGUGGAGCCGAGCCAAGGCCUCAAGCUGUGAGAGCAUACCAGAGGAGGACUCAGAUUCCAAAGCCUCUUUCAAUACCCUAGGCCUCAUGAACAGCUUUGGUCACUCUCUCAGCCAGACAAGUUCUGUCUCAAAGCAGUCUAGUUGUGAGAGCAUUACAGAUGAAUUUUCAAGAUUUAUGGUGAACCAGAUGGAAAACGAAGGAAGAGGAUUUGAUUUAUUACUGGAUUAUUAUGCAGGAAAAAAUGCAAACAGUAUCUUAACUUCUGCCUUGCAACAGGUAGCCAAGAAAAAUAGCCAUCUUAAUGUAAGACCAAGUUGCCCAUCCAAACAGUCCAGCACAGAAAGUAUAACAGAAGAGUUUUAUAGGUAUAUGCUAAGAGAAAUCGAAAAGGAAAAUAAAGAUAAUGCAUCAUCCUCUGGGAAUUCAAAGGACUGGUGUGGCAGUUUGCUGGCACCCUCUCUACGGUCACCUUUCUGCUUUAGGCAGUCGUCGAUGCCUGACAGUAGAUCCUCAGGCUCCAGGCUUACAGUGAAUGUCCCAAUUAAAGCAAAUUCCUUAGAUGGGUUUGCCCACCAUCGCCAAGAUUCACUAAGUGUACAGCCCGUCAGUACCAUGGCUUCUGCAGGGCUCUGCAAGUCUGACUCCUGCCUGUACCAGAGAGGCAAGACUGACCAGAUCACAGACAUGCUGAUCCACGAGACCUGGGCCAGUUCCAUUGAGUCUCUGAUGCGCAAGAACAAAAUCAUAGCAGAUGAGGCAGAGGCUACAGAGGCAGACCAGUUUCACAGUGAUUCUCCACCACACGUGGAACAAUAUGCAAAAAGACUGGCUGCAAAUAUUGUUGAAAGUGGUAAAAAUUUAAUUGUUGUCCAGGAUUCCUUUGAUUAUACAAGCCGAGAGCACGUGCUGGCAAGCAAACAUCCCCAAAGCACAACCCAGGUACAGCCCAAACCCACAAUGGAGGAAGUGAAUUUGGAUGAGAAAAAAGAGCACAUGAAGAGCCCUGGAAGCCUCCCUGCAGGACAGCUUAGGGAAGUGCCUUUAAUUCAGAUAGAAACUGAUCAGCGAGAUGAGCCAGAUAAAGACUCAGAGUCCUUGACUUCAUGUGGCCCAUCUGGAAAGGGGCAGCAAAGCAAAGCAAAGCCUCCAGAAGCUUUGGAUGGGAAACACGUGGUUUCCAGUUCCCCAGUAAGUAGCACCAGUCCUCAGAGCAGAUCGGAUGCUGAAAUCAUAGGAGAGACGAAAACAGCUGAAGAAUUUCCAGCCCAUCUCAGCAGCAGUGAAGAAAGCACUGGCAGCUGGUCCCAGCUGGCCAAUGAUGAGGACAAUCCUGAUGACACCAGCAGCUACCUGCAGCUCAGUGAGCGCUCCCUGAGCAAUGGCAACAGCAGUACAACUAGCAGUCUUGGCAUUAUGGACCUGGAAAUUUAUCAGGAGAACAUGCCAUCUUCUCCUAUGAUUAAUGAAUUAGUAGAAGAAAAGGUUUUCCUUAAAGAACAGACAGAAAACACUGAGGGUAAGUUGAACUAUAUCAAUUCAAACAUACAGUUUGAAGAUAAUACAAGCAAUUGCACAGUAACUAGCGGGAUUAUUUUUCCAGAAAGUACUUCUGAGCUUUCAGUGGGAACAGCCAACUGUCAAAAGGACCUCCUGGUGAUAAACUUUGAUCUGGAACCAGAGUGCCCUGAUGUGGAGCUGCGAGCCACCCUGCAGUGGAUUGCUGCUUCUGAACUUGGAAUUCCAACUAUCUAUUUUAAGAAAUCUCAGGAAAACAGAAUUGAAAAGUUUCUAGAUGUGGUGCAGUUAGUUCAGCGGAAGUCCUGGAAAGUGGGGGACAUCUUCCAAGCCGUGGUGCAGUACUGCAAGCUCAGCGAGGAGGGCAGAGAGAUCACACCCAGCCUGUUUGACUGGCUGCUUGAACUGGGUUAACAAAGCUUGCUGGUUCAGCUUUCCUGGUUUAUUCCAGUUUAAAUAAGCAGUGGUUUGUGUAAUGCUCUGAUUUCUGAACAUCACUGAAUAAAAUGUGCAAAAUGUACAAACUCUACAAAAACAGCACAAGUCCAUGCCACAGCUGACCCAGGAGCAAAGUGAAUCUGAAUUUAUUGUCUUUCUGUGCCAUGAGGGACUCUUGGCAUGUUGUGCUGUAGAAUGCACUGAUGAGGGGAUGGAUUUUUAGCCUCAUGAAUUAAUGAACUACACAGUGAAGGCUUAAUUAUCUAAUCUAUUCAGUUUUCAUCAAUUUGAUUAAAUCAGGUAAAAUGGGAUAGUAGCCUGCCAUUCAGUUUUAAAACAACACUGAUAUUUGUACAGUUUAACUGUUAGAAGCAGAGUGUGUUUCAGAAUGCCUGGAGGCACCCUUAUCCCUAGAUAAAUAAUAUUUAUGGGUUUUUGAAAUCCCCAUAAUCUGCUAAGGGGUAAAAGCUUUUGAAAACUUAACACCUUUGCAGUUAGACAACACAAUAAAAAGCUGCUGAAGAUACAUUUUAGUUUCUUCCCAUGUAUUUAUUUCUCUUCCAUAGCUGUUCCUGAAUUAUUCAACCUUCCGAAAGAAAGAAAAUCCCAUCUCCUAGUUACUGUCCUUUAAAACCUGAUUCCUUUUCCCUGGGAAGCAGUGCAGUUCAGUACAGCUACACUGGUAGAGUCCUGCACACAGCUCUGUGAGCCAGGGCAGCAGUUCUCAAGCCCUGUCCUGCCCCAGCCCUGCAACCCUGGGCGAGUCAUUUCACCUCUGUGCCUCAGUGUCCCUGCCUGGCAAAAGGGAAUCAUGAUAGUACAAUUGUUACCUAAAGUGCUUCUGUUGAAAGCACUAUGUAACACUCUACAUAUCAAUUAAAAGCAGUGGAAAAAGUACUAUUUAAUUUAGUGUAAUUGAAUAAAUUAUUAAUGAGGUGAAGAAAUGCAUAUCUUAAGAGAGCACCAUCUUGUCCUAAAAAUCUCAAGGUUAAUUUUUGUAACUUAAAAAAAAGCAAAAUAUUUGUUAAAAUUUCAGCAGACAUAUGUGUUUAUUUUGAAGACAACUGUUUGGACUAUAUGUGAGAGUUCACAUUCCUGUAACAUUUCUAUAAUUGUUUGAGAAGAUCUACUCUGCUAUCGUCCUGUUGAGAUGAUCUGUUGGUAUCAUGCACUUAGUAAUACAUUCUCUCCACUCUGCCAAAGAGACUGAGUGUGAAUUUAAAGGUAAAAACAACUUAUGACAUCACAGCUCUUUUGCAAUUUGUUUUUUUUGAAAAUACUUACUUUUCAUCUCUUACUCAAAUAGUGGAAUAGAAUACCUGCCUGCUUUUCCCAAAAAAUAUUUCAGAGAAGUUUUAUUUUCCAUAUAACAGUAUAUGCUUCUGUAAUAUUUCUUGAAAAAAAAAAAAGUAUCCUUUUGCACUAAAUAUUUUUGAAAAUUUUGAAGUAGUUUUAAAUAAUUUAUGAAAAAGAGCCAUAUUCUCAGUUUUAUCUUUAAAACCAUUACAAAACUUGCAUGAUUGCAUCACUCAUUUGUUACAAAAUACAAAUUGUUAGUGAAUCAAAAUCUAAUGUGGAACAUUAAAUGAGUAAUUCUCGAUCUACUCUGCAGUAUAAACAACACAGGAGAGGUUGCUUUACAGUCAAAAUAGAGGUCAAUUUAUUGCAAACAAUGAACAUAACUGGCAUCAUUGGGCCAGCCCCUAAGAACUGCUGAGCAUCUGUAACUCCCACUAAUGUGAGUGGCAACUCUGAAUGCUCAGCAUUUCUGAGGCUGAGAGCUAAUGAAAAGCACCAAGAAUUAUAAACUGCUUUGUUUGAGUUAAUAAAUGGGAAUGUGUAUUUAUUUUUAAACCAAAUACAGUUAGUUGUCAGUAUUCAGUUUUUUUGUUGUGAUAGAAUAAAUGUUUACAAAGCACAAAUAUCAUGACAGUUGUAACAGUGUGAUGCAGUUUCUCUGUACAGUAGUUCUUAAUGUUGCAAUUUAUUCAGAAAUAAAUUUAUGUUAUAAUGUG